AUGGUGGCUGACUUUGACAAACCGACCGCCAAGGUCACAUCGCCCAGCAAGCUGGCGCACGUUGUUCUCCGAACGAACAACUUCGAGACCAUGGUGGAAUUCUACAAGGACUUCCUCGGUGCAGAAGUGAUCUACAAGAACGACUUUCUGGCAUUCCUAACAUAUGACGAGGAGCAUCAUCGGGUAGCGAUAGCGGCUUUCCCCGGGACAAAGGCAAAGGAUGCCGAAACGUGCGGUCUGGAGCACACGGCAUUCGCUUUCGACACGCUGGAGGAUCUGCUCCUGGCGUAUCGCCAGCGCAAGCAAAGAGGUAUAGAGCCACUGUGGCCGGUCAACCACGGGCCAACAACAUCCAUUUACUACCGCGACCCGGAUGGGAACAUGAUUGAGACGCAAACAGACAACUUCGAGUCUCCAGACGACGCCACAAACUUCAUGCGGUCAAAAUACUAUGACGAGAACCCCAUCGGCACGGACUUCGACCCAGAGGAGAUGAUUGAUCGCUUGAAAAGCGGCGCCAGCGAGAAAGAGCUGAAGAAAAGGGUCGAGAUUGGUCCACGUGGCAUUCCUGUCCUUGGUUAG